AUGAUUGAAGAUAUUGUUGAAAUUGACUCUUUGGGUCUAGGAAUUCUCUACAAGUUUGCUGUGGUAAAGGAAUUUCAAAUUGGUGUUGUGAUGCCUCGCAAUUACAAACUGCAAUUUUUUGGAAGCACUGAUGGUAGUGGCUAUUCGAUUGUUGGUUAUUAUAUUGACAAUAAAGGCUUUGUUCGUGAGCCUUUAAAAAAUUUUUCAUCACUCUCUCGUGUUAUCAAAUUUAGAGAUGUUAUAUGCCCAGUUUGGACCAUUAAUGACGGAGAGCUAUUGACAUUUGUAGAUCCAUCAUUUUUGGAAGAAUACAAGAGAAGCGAUGGUACGAUAGCCAGAAUUAAAGAAUAUGAUGAUGAGGAGGAUUUCAAUCAUGAUUGUAAGCAGUAUAUGAAUAUUUAA